AUGGCGACCUCUGGAGAAGGAAGCAACCCCCAUGACAGAGCCACAUCCCGGCCCCUGGCACAGCUGCAGGAGCUAGAGCCCCGAGUAGCCCGCAGACGCCUGUCCCAGGCCCGCCACCGAGCCACCCUGGCGGGGCUCUUCAGCAACCUCAGGGAAACCGUCUACAACCAGUCUGAACUCACAGCCUCAAAGUGGCAGGUUUUGAAUAAAGCGAAGAACCAUAUUCAGGAACUGGAACAAACUUUGGAUAAUCUGCUGAAGGUGAAAGAAUCCUUUAACCUGGAGGAUGGAAAUGCAAACAGCCUAGAGGAGGUCAGGGAAAAAUAUGCCAGCAUGCACUCCAGAAAGCCCAGGUAUCUCAACUUUUAUAAGCACACAAUGGACCUUCUGGUCGGGAACAGGAUCGUGUCCUCUCAGGAGGUGACGCUCCCCAUCGUCUCUGCGGCCAUCUCCCACCUGUGGCAGAACCUGUCUGAGGAGUGCAAGGCCAGCCUCCUGCAGGCCUGGGCGCAGAAGCACAGCGGCCUUCCGGGCCUCGCCGCAGGGGCCUGUCGGGACCCAGCCAGUGCCGAGGGCAGCAUUAAGGACAGUGGAAUCGAUAGCCAAGGGGCCAGCUGCUCACUCCUCUCCACCCCAGAGGAGCUCCUUUUCGAAGAUGCCUUUGAUGUGGCAAGUUUCCUGGACAAAAGUGAGGCUCCAAGUACUUCUAGCCCCAGUUCCAUGUUUGCCAGCUGCAACCCAGAGAAACCAGAGGAGAAGUUUCAGCUCUAUAUGCAAAUCAUCGACUUCUUUAAAGGCCUUUGCUGUGUUAACCCCGAGGAGAAAGAGGAAGCGGACCUUCCCAUGGACGAUGAGAUAAUAAUGCUGAGGUGCACAGAGACCUUUGACGAUGAAGACUUGUAAUGCAGAUGGGCUGAGAGGGCAGGGCAUGAAAGAGGUGGACAGUUUCCAGGUUUGAACGCUGGCAGCCAAGGUUGCACCUGCCUCCGCUUCUGGGACCUUUUGGAUGGACUAUCCCAGAAGCAUUGUGAUGGUGUUAGUUUCUGAUAAUUAUAAAGUAUUAUGAGUAGCGUGGCUCCAUGUUGGUCUUUCCGGGUUGUUUGGUGUAAGGGGCUGACCAGCGGCAGGGCACACACCUGCUCCCACUGUGGUCCUCCGAUUCAGGGAGUACUGGGUGCAGUUGAAGCCUAUGAGCCUUUCAAGAAGAGGACAGGCAGGACCUGUCCCUGGAGGUGCCAUGACACUGGUACUUUCAGCACACUCUGGGUUCAGGGUGUCGCUCUCGUGGAUUCUAGAGAGUUCUGGAGCCCACGCACUCAUCCUGCAUGUUCUGGGAACCCAGGAACACCACUGACCUCAAUGCUGUGUUACAGGACAUCAGGGUAGAACCAGCCAUACCUGCUUCUUCUGGUAAUAAAGUCUCCUGAAUGGAGUCCAAGCCAGAUCCCACAGUGUUCCGAACGCUUUCUGGCGAGGCUCCUGGACACAGAGUGUAUAAUGUCCUGGGCAUGUACACUGGAUGCAAUAUUUGGUCCAACAUUAUUCUAGAGGUUCCUAUGAAGGUAUGUGUUAGAUGAGAUUAGCAGUUAAAUCAGUAGACUUUGGGUAAAGCAGAUUAGCCUACAUAAUGUGGGUGGGCCUCAGCCAAUCAGGGGAAGGACUGAAGAGAGCAAAGGAUUGACGUUCCCUCAGGAGAGAAUUCUGCCAAUGAUUGCACUUUGAGCUCAGUCUCGAGCUACAGCUUUUCCCAGCCUGCUAGGGUAUAUCCUGCAGAUUUUGGACUUGUCAGCCCCCACAAUCACAGGAACCCAUUCCUUAUAGAAAUGCUCCCUCUGUGUGUGUGUGUGUGCGCGCGUGUGUGUGUGUGUGUAUAUA